AUGAAAGCUACUCUUCUAAACGCGCAGAAUGACGAACUGGAGUCCCAGGCCAGCGAGCCGGGCCUGGUGAUGGGUCCCUCUGGCAACGUCCCCUCGGCGGACCUCUUCUUCCGGGAUGGCAAGAGGAGGAUCGACUACGUGCUCGUUUACGAGGACAGCGAGGGCGUUCGCCUGAACAAACACGACGGGUGGCGGCAAACAUUCAUGGCCAACCUGCGCAAGGCCGGCCUGGACAUGGAGGAGGAGCUGGUGGAAGGCGAGCACAAGGCGAUACACUUCAUCAAGCUAUCCGCGCCUUGGCCAGUCCUGGUCCGUUACGCAGAGGAACUCUGUCUGCGGGCGCCACUUCAGGCGCAUCCAAAUCCAAGCGUGAACUGGUCGGCGGGCCUGUUGGGAACGCUUCGGAUACCCAACAUCAUGGACGACGAGGUCCCCAACAAGCCUCUCGACUACUACACCUGCACCUUCAAGAAAUCCAAGCUGGACAGGUUCCUGGGCAGCGACAACCAGGACGAGUACUUCACGACCACGCAGAGGUUGUGUAUUGUGUACGAGAUCCUUCAAACAGCGCAGUACGGCAAGCGGCGCAAGGCGCAGAUCGGCAUCGACAGACUCAUCGAGGAAGAAGUCUACACGGCCGCGUUUCCCCUCCACGAGGGCGACUACAGGAAGCCGCCCAACCCUGUGCUGCCUCACUGUUUAAACCGGAGGCAGGUGCUCUACGAAUACUGGGCGCGCUGGUCUUGCUGGUACAAGUACCAGCCCCUGGACCACAUACGGGAGUACUUCGGGGAGAAGAUAGGCAUCUACUUCGCCUGGCUUGGGUUUUACACGGGAUGGUUACUGCCCGCUGCCGUCGUGGGAUUCCUGGUGUUUCUCUACGGCAUAUUUACGAUCGGCGAGGACGGACCCACGAACGAAAUCUGCAACAGCGACAAGAAGUACCGCAUGUGCCCGCGCUGCGACGAGACGUACGGGUGCGAUUACUGGUAUAUCAGCGACAACUGCAUAUUUACGAAGAUUACCUACUUGUUUGAUCAUCCCGGCACUGUGUUCUACGCAAUCUUCGUUUCCUUCUGGGCGGUGUCAUUUCUCGAGUACUGGAAACGAAAAUCGGCCAGUUUAGCGCACCACUGGGACUGCAUGGAUUUUGAAGAGGAAGAAGAGCGGCCCCGACCCGAGUUUGCAGCCAAAGCGCAGCACGUGGAACGUAAUCCUAUUACGGGGGUCAAAGAACCUUCUUUUCCAGCACACAUUCGAAAGCAAAGAAUUGCUGCAGGCGUCGCUGUGCUCAUGCUUAUGAUAGCCCUUGUGCUGGUGUUCAUGGUGUCUGUGAUCAUCUACCGGGUGCUGGUGUCCAUCCCGCUCUUCCGCAGCAAAUCCUUCAAAGGGCUUGCUUCCCUCAUUGCCAGCUGUUCUGGAGCCUUCGUGAACCUACUGUUCAUCAUGAUUCUCGGAAAGGUCUAUGAACGCCUGGCACUGAAGCUCACCCAAUGGGAGAUGCAUCGGACACAGACGGACUUUGAAAACAACCUCAUUUUCAAGGUGUUCCUUUUCCAGUUUGUGAACUUCUACUCAUCCAUCUUCUACAUUGCCUUUUUCAAGGGAAGGUUUGUCGGCUACCCCGGUCACUAUGGCCACCUGCUGGGUCUGAGAAACGAAGAGUGCAGUGGCAGCGACUGCCUGUCUGAACUGGCGCAACAAUUGGCGAUUAUCAUGGUUGGCAAGCAGAUGAUCAACAACGCCCAGGAAAUUCUCGUGCCCAAAAUCAAGGCUUGGUGGCAUCGCCACAAGACCAAGUUGGUCUACCGGGAGACCCUUUCUCGCUGGGAGGAAGAUUACCAGCUAAUACAGAACGAGGGCCUCUUCCAGGAAUAUCUGGAAAUGGUGCUGCAGUUCGGCUUCAUCACCAUCUUCGUGGCGGCCUUCCCGCUGGCCCCGCUGUUCGCCCUGCUCAACAACUGGGUGGAGAUUCGCCUGGACGCCCAAAAGUUUGUGUGCGAGACGCGGCGUUCCGUGCCGGAGAGGGCCCAGAACAUCGGCAUCUGGUUCUCCAUCCUGGAACUGCUCUCCAGGAUUGCGGUCAUCAGCAACGCCUUUUUGAUCGCCUUCACUUCAGACUUCUUGACGAGAACGAUGUACCGGUACGAGUUUGACUGGGACCUCAAAGGAUACAUCAACUUCACUCUGGCCCAUGCUCCUAAUGGAAGCCUAUCUCUACCAUGCCGGUACCGAGACCUCAGAGACGCCAACGGUAACUGGACGUUCUUUCACUGGAAGCUGCUGGCAGUACGCUUAGCAUUUGUAAUCAUAUUUGAGCACGUCGUGUUUGGGGUGUGUCGACUCAUCGACGUCCUGGUGCCCGACAUUGCGAGUCAGCUGGAACUCAAGAUAAAGCGUGAGCGAUACCUGGCUAAACAAGCCCUGGCAGACUCGGAAACCAUAAUGAAGGUCGCCCAGCGGAGAGACGAAGAGGAAGAGGAGGAGGAUGUGGCAACGAGCUCGGAACCUCCUCAAGCGGGCACUGGUGUUUGAGCGCUGCCAGUCUUCUCGACAACCGCUCGUGGAAGUGACAAUCCAGCUUCGCUGGCAAAAGCCUGGAAAGGGUGCGAAGAAGAAAUAGCCACAACGGCAACAACCCUCGACUGGCUCCUAGUUACACUCUCCUACCUCCUCCCAAUGUCAUCACAGCACGAGGACUAGGUUUGCAAAUUGAACAGUCCCGAAACACGAUAGGUUGAAGACGUCUUCAAUUUGGGGAAAUAACCACGGAAGUCUUGAUACUCAUGGCUUUUCAUAUUCCGAAUGUUUUGUCGGCUGACUCAGGUUUUUG